AUGAGUUCUAAGAAGGUUGAAGCGUGCUAUCAAUACUUCAAAAAGGUAAAAAUUGGGGUGGCUAAAGUAGUCAUUCUAAACGACAUGAAACACGCCAAGACGUUCUACUCUUCAAAAGAUGCCGUGGUCCGCCCUUUGAAUGCGGUUCUUGAGCAAGUAAGACCCAAUGCCAAAAGCCUUACUAAUUUUAAUGGAAAAGCGUGGACACAGAACAGGACCUUCAUCUUGCAUGCAUUUAGAGACCUUGGAAUUGGGAAGCCUUCAAUGGAAGAUCAUAUCAUGGAAGAGUUGCAGGAGCUGGUCAGCCGAAUAUCUAACACAACGGGGAGCCUGAUCAACGUCAUCGAUUACAUCAAAGCAAGCGUGUUCAACAACAUCGCUGCUGUUAUGUUUGGAUCCAGAUUCAAGAUAGGGGACGCCAAGCACGACUACUUAGUGAAGCUUGUUAGAAACAUCCAGGAUGGUUUUGAAACCGGCUUGUUGGUAGAUAAGAAACCAAAGUGGCUCAGUAGAGUCGCGAUCCGUCUUCAAACGAAAGUACAAAUCAAUGAAAAAUCUCGGCUCAUGAUACAAGAUUUUGUCAAAGAAAAAAUCACGGAACACAAAAACACACUGAAUCCAGACUUCAAUCGAGACUUCAUCGAUGGCUACAUAAAGAAGAUAAAGGAAAGUGAUUCUGAGUCAGCUUCUCAUUUCAACGAAAAUAAUCUCCUGGGAAGCACCGCGGAAUUUCUUCUGACCGGAACGGGCCCCCCUUCGAGUCAGAUUUUCUGGUUUCUUCACAUUUGUGCCCAGAAUCCCAACUCGGUACAGAACAAAAUCCAGAAGGAAAUUGAUGAUAUCGUCGGACCUCACAGGCAGCCUACAUGGAAGGACCGUAAGAGCAUGCCCUUCACCAUGGCCAGCUUGAAAGAGGGACUGCGAUGGAAGACAAUAGGAAUCAUCAGUGGCUCCAGGGGAAUACUAAAAGACACCUUUAUCGGCGAAUACUUCAUUCCUAAGGGCACCAUUGUUUUCUUAAAUUUGAGGGCGGUGCACAAAAAUCCGGCUUACUGGAACAAUCCCGACGAAUUUGACCCAACAAGAUUCAUGACGAGUGACGGCAAAUUGCUCGAAAAGAACGAGGACUGCUUCGUACCAUUCGGAGUCGGCAGAAGAAAUUGUCCAGGCCAGGUUCUAGGCAACGCCCAGCUGUUCUUGUACACCACAACACUGCUGCAGAAGUUCAACGUUUUUCCCGAAUACCAGGACCAGCUAGACAUCAUAGGUUCCGUAGACCUAGCAGAGAUUGAUCCCCGUGUUCAAAGAUUGCGCUUUGUCCCGCGAUAA